UCUCUCUCUUCUCUAUUUCAUGUAUAAAAUUAAAAAAUAUAUAUUUCCUCGUGAAAUGGAUUUAAAGGUUCUUAAGACUAUGGCAGCAACGAAGAGAAAUGCCGGUUUAACAUCUGCAGUACCAAGAGCCACUUUGAACGAUGAAGAACUGAAAAUGCAUGUCUACAAGAAGGCUUUGCAAGCACUGAUUUAUCCAAUAUCAUCCACUACACCGCACAAUUUUGUAUUAUGGACGGCUACUUCGCCAACAUAUUGUUAUGAAUGCGAAGGAUUACUUUGGGGGAUUGCACGGCAAGGUGUGCGUUGUACAGAGUGUGGUGUCAAAUGUCAUGAAAAAUGCAAGGAUCUAUUAAAUGCUGACUGCUUGCAAAGGGCUGCAGAAAAAAGUUCAAAGCACGGAGCAGAGGAUAAAGCCAAUUCAAUUAUAACAGCCAUGAAGGACCGAAUGAAACAGCGAGAGAGGGAGAAACCGGAAAUUUUUGAACUUAUAAGAGCGGUAUUCAGCAUUGAAGACAAAAGUCAUACUGGGCAUAUGAAGGCCGUAAAGCAAAGCGUUCUGGAUGGUACAAGCAAAUGGUCGGCGAAAAUAGCAAUAACUGUGGAUCCAGAUACACACAUAGAUUCAUUAGAACAAGCCGAAUGUGCGACCGUUGAAGGCACAUCAAAAUGGUCAUGCAAAUUAACAAUAACAGUGAUCUGUGCUCAAGGCCUGAUAGCGAAGGAUAAAAGCGGUACCAGUGAUCCCUAUGUGACUGUGCAGGUUAGCAAGGUGAAAAAACGUACACGCACAAUGCCGCAGGAGUUAAAUCCUGUGUGGAAUGAGAAGUUUCACUUUGAAUGUCACAACUCAUCAGACCGCAUUAAAGUACGUGUUUGGGACGAAGAUAAUGAUUUAAAAUCGAAACUUCGUCAAAAAUUGACGCGUGAAUCUGACGACUUUCUCGGACAAACCAUAAUAGAGGUUCGAACGUUAUCGGGUGAAAUGGAUGUCUGGUAUAAUUUAGAAAAGCGUACUGAUAAGUCGGCAGUGUCGGGUGCUAUUCGUUUGCAUAUAUCAGUUGAAAUAAAAGGCGAAGAAAAAGUAGCACCGUACCAUGUGCAAUAUACAUGUCUACAUGAAAAUCUAUUUCACUAUCUAUGUGAAGAAAAUAUAGGAAUGGUGAAAUUACCACAACAAAAAGGGGAUGAUGCCUGGAAGCUUUAUUUUGAUGAAAUACCGGAAGAAAUAGUUGACGAGUUUGCAAUGCGCUAUGGAAUUGAAAACAUAUAUCAAGCAAUGACACAUUUUCAUUGCUUGUCGGCAAAGUAUUUGUGUCCAGGAGUACCAGCAGUUAUGAGUACACUUCUAGCAAAUAUUAAUGCGUAUUAUGCCCACACAACGGCAUCUUCAGCGGUGUCUGCUAGUGACCGGUUUGCUGCAAGUAAUUUUGGAAAAGAGAAAUUUGUCAGGCUUUUGGACCAACUGCACAACUCUCUACGUAUAGAUUUAUCAAUGUAUCGAAACAACUUCCCCGCAUCAAGCCAAGAGAAGCUAAUGGAUUUAAAAUCAACCGUGGACUUACUAACAAGUAUCACAUUCUUUCGCAUGAAGGUGCAAGAGUUGUCAAGCCCACCUAGAGCAAGCACUGUCGUCAAAGAUUGCGUCAAGGCUUGUCUUAGAUCCACCUACCAAUUCCUUUUCGAAAAUUGCUAUGAACUAUACAAUCGGGAAUUCCAGGUGGAUCCAAACGAAGCAAAACGUGAUUCUGACGACCAUGGUCCGAAAUUGGAUAGCGUUGACUUUUGGCAUAAGCUAAUAGCACUAAUUGUAUCAGUUAUUGAUGAAGAUAAGAAUAGCUAUGGAUCAGUACUUAAUCAAUUUCCUCAAGAGCUCAACAUUGGCCAGCUGUCUGCUGCAACCAUGUGGGGUCUUUUCGCUGUGGACAUGAAAUACGCACUGGAAGAGCAUGAACAGCACCGUUUAUGUAAAUCGUCUGCUUAUAUGAAUUUACAUUUUCGUGUUAAAUGGUUGUAUAGCAAUUAUGUUAAAGAGGUUCCACCAUACAAAGGUGCAGUUCCUGAGUAUCCUGCGUGGUUCGAACCAUUUGUUAUGCAGUGGUUGAACGAAAAUGAUGACGUUUCUCUGGAAUAUCUUCAUGGGGCAUUUAAUCGCGAUAAAAAAGACGGGUUCCAAAAGAGCAGUGAGCAUGCAUUGUUUUCAAACUCAGUUGUCGAUGUUUUCACUCAGUUGACUCAAUGUUUCGAUGUUGUUAGCAAACUUGAAUGUCCGGAUCCAGAAAUUUGGAAGCGGUAUAUGCGACGUUUUGCUAAAACUAUCGUAAAAGUUCUAAUAGCUUAUGCUGACAUUGUAAAAAGAGAGUUUCCAGAACAUAUGAUGGACGAAAGAAUUGCUUGCAUUUUAAUGAACAAUAUUCAACAACUAAGGGUGCAAUUAGAGAAAAUGUUUGAAUCAAUGGGUGGUGAUAGGUUAGAAGAAGAUGCGGCAAAUAUUUUGAAAGAGCUGCAGCAAAAUUUGAAUUCAGCAUUGGAUGACUUGGCAUCUCAAUUUGCAAUAAGUCUUGAACCACGUAUAAUUCAAUCAGUGCGUGAGUUAGGUGAUUUAUUGUUAUCGAUAAAAGGUGGCAGUAAUUUAAAUGGCAAUCAAGCUGCACAACGAAAUGCUGUGGCUGUAGAAGCAGAUGAAGUUCUUAGACCGUUAAUGGACUUACUUGAUGGAUCAUUAACAUUGUAUGCUCAGUCUUGUGAAAAAACCGUUUUAAAACGUCUUCUCAAAGAAUUAUGGAAAAUUGUGAUGCGCAUAUUGGAAAAGACAAUUGUUUUGCCGCCAAUGACUGAUAAAACUAUGAUGUUUAAGCAUUUAACAGAUAAUGCUAAAAAUUUGGCUUCCAAUGCAAAAAUCGAAGAUAUGGGUCGUCUUUUUAAAACUCAUAUGGCUGGUAAACAAGAUGUUAAGAGUGCUUUAAGUGGUGUUAUGGACAUUUCUAAAGAAGUCGAAAAAAAUUUGUCACCAAAACAAUGUGCAGUUUUAGAUGUCGCUUUAGAUACAAUAAAACAGUAUUUCCAUGCCGGCGGAAAUGGACUAAAAAAGUCAUUUUUAGAGAAAUCCUCUGAACUGCAAAGCUUGCGUUAUGCGUUAAGUCUUUAUACUCAAAUGACUGAUACAUUAAUUAAAACCUUUAUCUCCAGUCAAGUGCACGAAAUUGAUCCAGAGUUUCAGGAAGAUAGCGUUGGUGAAAUAUCAGUUCAAAUUGAUUUAUUCUCUCAUCCAGGCACUGGGGAACACAAAGUCAAUGUUAAAGUUGUGGCUGCCAAUGACCUUAAGUGGCAAAUACCAUCUGGAAUGUUUCGUCCUUUUGUUGAAAUAAAUUUGAUUGGGCCUCAUUUACAGGAUAAGAAACGAAAGUUCGCUACAAAAUCCAAAUCAAAUAACUGGUCACCAAAAUACAAUGAGGCUUUUAGCUUUACCAUCGGCAAUGAGGAGCAAUUGGAAUUUUUUGAACUUCAUAUCUGCGUAAAAGAUUAUUGCUUUGCACGAGAGGAUCGUUUAGUGGGUGUUGCAGUUAUACCGCUAAAAGAUAUUUCUGAAAAGGGAUCGGUAGCUUGUUGGCUGUCACUUCAGAGAAGAAUUCAAAUGGACGAAACAGGCUGGACUAUUUUACGUAUAUUAUCCCAGCGUAAUAAUGAUGAAGUUGCAAAAGAAUUCGUUAAGCUCAAAUCAGAAAUUCGUCAAGAACCAACCAUGGGUACUUAAUCGCAUUUAAGGAAGUAAAAGUGGUCAUAUGUACGUACCAAAGUACAUACAUACAAAUGCGCUGUACUUUAUUUAUAUGUUAUAUUCAAUCAUUAUUAAAUACUCGAAAUUAUUAUAUAACGAUUAAUACGAUUAUUCCUUGUACAAAAUAAUCAUAAGUCAUUUAAGAACACAUAAUCUAUAUUAGAAUGCCAGUAACAUAGUCAUUGCAUUAACUAUAAUUAACUAAUCGCGCCUCUUGGUAUAUUUAUGUGAAAUGUUUAGUUCUGUAAGUAUUAAUAAUAUAAAUAAAGGCAUAUUAUCAUAUUGAGUAAAGAUUCUUAUAUGUCCGUACCUGUAAAAAUAUUUAAUUUUAAAUUAUUAAAUAACUACUGCUAAUAUAAUCUAUA